AGGGGCCAGGGGCCCCAAACCCUUCGCCUCUCGGGAGGAGCCCCAGAAGAUGUGGGCUUAGUGGAGAGCGGCCGCUGCCGCCCCCGCGCCGUUGCCUGCUCCGGGGCUCCUCACUGCCCAGUCCCUCGGUCGCCGGGGGGCUCGCUCUAACUCUGGGCCGUGGAUAGUGGCGGCCUCCGCCUGGCCGGGGCUUGAAGGCGGCGGAGCCGAGGCCGCCCCGCGCGCGGUGUCCUGAGCGAGCGAGGGCGUGCGGGCAUCAUGUCGGCCAAGGUGCGGCUGAAGAAGCUGGAGCAGCUGCUCCUGGACGGGCCGUGGCGCAACGAGAGCUCGCUGAGCGUGGAGGCCCUGCUGGACGUGCUCAUCUGCCUCUACACCGAGUGCAGCCAGUCGGCCCUGCGCAGGGACAAGUAUGUGGCCGAGUUCCUCGAGUGGGCAAAGCCAUUUACACAGCUGGUGAAGGAAAUGCAGCUUCAUCGAGAUGACUUUGAAAUAAUUAAAGUAAUUGGAAGAGGUGCAUUUGGUGAGGUUGCUGUGGUUAAAAUGAAGAACACUGAACGCAUUUAUGCAAUGAAGAUUCUAAAUAAGUGGGAAAUGCUGAAAAGAGCAGAGACUGCCUGUUUUAGAGAAGAGAGAGAUGUGUUGGUGAAUGGUGAUUGUCAGUGGAUCACUACCUUACAUUAUGCCUUUCAAGAUGAAAACUACUUGUACUUGGUAAUGGACUACUAUGUUGGUGGAGAUUUACUGACACUCCUCAGUAAGUUUGAAGACAAACUUCCUGAAGAUAUGGCAAGAUUUUACAUCGGUGAAAUGGUGCUGGCCAUACACUCCAUUCAUCAGCUGCAUUAUGUACACAGAGAUAUUAAACCUGACAAUGUUCUUUUGGAUAUGAAUGGUCACAUUCGUUUGGCAGACUUCGGAUCAUGUUUGAAGAUGAAUGACGAUGGCACUGUCCAAUCUUCUGUGGCAGUGGGUACACCUGACUACAUUUCACCUGAGAUUCUACAAGCAAUGGAGGAUGGAAUGGGAAAAUAUGGCCCAGAAUGUGAUUGGUGGUCUCUAGGUGUUUGCAUGUAUGAAAUGCUAUAUGGUGAAACGCCUUUUUAUGCAGAAUCAUUAGUGGAAACCUAUGGAAAGAUCAUGAAUCAUGAAGAGCGAUUUCAGUUUCCUUCUCAUGUCACAGAUGUAUCUGAAGAGGCAAAAGACCUCAUUCAAAGACUCAUCUGUAGUAGAGAGCGCCGACUAGGACAGAAUGGAAUAGAAGAUUUCAAAAGGCAUGCAUUUUUUGAAGGAAUAAAUUGGGAAGACAUACGAAAUCUAGAAGCGCCUUAUAUUCCAGAUGUUAGCAGUCCUUCAGAUACGUCAAAUUUUGAUGUAGAUGAUGAUGUGUUAAGAAAUCCGGAAAUAGUACCUCCUGGCUCUCAUACUGGCUUCUCUGGAUUACAUUUGCCAUUCAUUGGUUUUACAUUUACAACUGAAAGCUGUUUUUCUGAUCGAGGCUCUCUAAAAAGUGUAAUGCAAUCUAAUGCUAUCACCAAAGAUGAGGACGUACAACGGGAUCUAGAGAACAGCUUGCAAAUUGAAGCAUAUGAAAGAAGAAUACGAAGACUAGAACAAGAAAAGUUGGAAUUGAGCAGAAAAUUGCAAGAAUCCACACAAACUGUACAGUCCUUUCAUAGUUCGGCUCGCUCUACAGGAAACUCAAACAGAGAUAAAGAAAUAAAAAAAUUAAAUGAAGAAAUUGAACGGCUAAAGAAUAAAAUAGCAGAUUCCAAUAGGCUGGAGCGACGACUUGAGGAUGCAGUGACACUUCGCCAGGAGCAUGAAGAUUCCACACACAGACUGAAGGGCCUAGAAAAGCAGCUCCGAGUGCUUCGGCAAGAAAAGGAGGAUAUGCAGAAGCUCGAAUCUCGACUUGAAGAUGCAAUUGCAGAGGCAUCAAAGGAGCGUAAGCUUCGUGAACAUAGUGAGAGCUUCUCUAAGCAAGUGGAAAGUGAACUGGAGGCCCUUAAGAUAAAGCAAGGAAUCCGUGGAUCAGGUGUUACUUUAGAACAUCAGCAGGAAAUUUCCAAAAUAAAAUCUGAACUUGAGAAGAAAGUUUUGUUUUAUGAAGAGGAAUUGGUCAGGCGAGAGGCCUCUCAUGUUCUAGAAGUCAAAAAUGUGAAAAAGGAAGUGCACGAUUCAGAAAGCCAUCAGUUAGCACUUCAGAAAGAAAUCUUAAUGUUAAAAGAUAAAUUGGAAAAGUCAAAACGGGAAAGACAUAAUGAGAUGGAGGAGGCAGUAGGGACAGUAAAAGAUAAAUAUGAGCGAGAAAGAGCAAUGCUGUUUGAAGAGAACAAGAAAUUAACAACUGAAACUGAAAGGCUUUGUGCAUUUGUGGAUAAACUAACAGCUCAAAACAGGCAACUAGAAGAUGAACUUCAAGAUUUGGCAGCUAAGAAGGAUUCAGUUGCCCACUGGGAAGCCCAGAUUGCAGAAAUUAUUCAGUGGGUAAGUGAUGAAAAGGAUGCCCGUGGAUAUCUUCAGGCCUUAGCUUCCAAGAUGACAGAAGAACUCGAAUCAUUGAGAAGCUCUAGUUUAGGAUCGAGGACACUGGAUCCACUUUGGAAAGUGCGUCGUAGUCAAAAAUUAGAUAUGUCCGCCCGGCUGGAGUUGCAGUCUGCCCUUGAUGCAGAGAUUCGUGCCAAACAGCUCAUUCAGGAAGAGCUAAGGAAAGUCAAAGAAACAAAUCUAGCCUUUGAAAGUAAACUCAAGGAAUCUGAAGCAAAAAAUAGAGAAUUAUUAGAAGAAAUGGAGAAUUUGAGGAAAAAGAUGGAAGAGAAAUUUAAGGCAGACACAGGCCUCAAACUUCCAGAUUUUCAAGAAUCAAUUUUUGAGUAUUUUAACACUUCACCUCUUGCACAUGAUCUGACAUUUAGAACUAGCUCAACUAAUGACCAAGAACCACAAGUUCCCAAACCAGAAGUUUCACCAUCCAUUUCAGUUUCCAUAAACACAGAACAGCAAGAAGAAACAACUCGUCCUCAACAGAGGGGACCUGCUGUUUCUUCUCCCACCAUCCAGUCUCUUUCUCUAGCUGUACCAAAGCCUAAAGCUCACCAGUUCAGUGUCAAAUCCUUUUCAAGUCCUACACAGUGUAGCCAUUGCACUUCUCUUAUGGUUGGAUUAAUUCGACAAGGCUAUGCUUGUGAGGUGUGUUCCUUCUCAUGCCAUGUUUCAUGCAAAGACAGUGCUCCUCAGGUUUGUCCAAUUCCUCCUGAACAAUCAAAAAGGCCUCUUGGAGUAGAUGUACAGAGAGGGAUUGGAACCGCUUACAAAGGCUAUGUCAAGAUUCCAAAGCCUACAGGGGUGAAGAAAGGGUGGCAGAGAGCAUAUGCAAUUGUCUGUGACUGUAAACUCUUUUUAUAUGAUUUGCCUGAGGGAAAAUCCACGCAGCCUGGCGUCAUUGCAAGUCAGGUCUUAGAUCUCAGAGAUGAAGAGUUUUCUGUGAGCUGUGUCUUAGCGUCAGAUGUUAUACAUGCUACCCGCCGAGACAUUCCUUGUAUAUUUAGGGUGACAGCUUCUCUCUUAGGCACACCUGCUAAGACCAGUUCACUACUAAUUCUAACAGAGAAUGAAAAUGAGAAGAGGAAAUGGGUUGGGAUCCUAGAAGGACUGCAGUCUAUUCUGCAUAAAAACAAACUUAAAAAUCAAGUUGUACAUAUUCCACAGGAAGCCUAUGACAGCACACUGCCUCUUAUUAAAACCAUGUUAACAGCUGCAAUAGUAGAUCGGGAUAGGAUAGCCAUUGGUUUAGAAGAAGGACUCUAUGUAAUAGAGUUAACUCGUGAUGUGAUUGUUCGAGCUGCUGAUUGUAAGAAGGUGUACCAGAUUGAACUUGCUCCCAAAGAGAAAAUUAUCGUCCUCAUCUGUGGCAGGAACCAUCAUGUUCAUCUGUAUCCAUGGUCCUGUCUUGAUGGUUCAGAAGGCAAUUUUGACAUCAAACUUCCGGAAACUAAAGGCUGCCAGCUUAUAGUAGUUGCCACACUAAAGAAGAGCUCUUCAACUUGUUUGUUUGUGGCUGUGAAACGACUGAUUCUUUGUUAUGAAAUUCAUAGAACUAAACCUUUCCACAAAAAAUUCAAUGAAAUUAUGGCUCCAGGAAAUGUACAAUGGAUGACAGUGUUCAAGGACAGGCUCUGUGUUGGCUACCCUUCUGGGUUCUCUCUGUUGAACAUCCAGGGAGAUGGACAGACUCUAAACCUGGUAAAUCCUAAUGAUCCCUCGCUUAUGUUCCUCUCACAGCAGUCUUUUGAUGCCCUUUGUGCUGUGGAACUCAGUAAUGAGGAAUACCUGCUUUGCUUCAGCCAUAUGGGAUUAUACGUGGAUUCACAAGGUCGGAGGUCACGCAUGCAGGAGCUAAUGUGGCCUGCAACUCCUGUUGCCUGUAGUUGUAGCUCUUCUUACAUCACAGUGUACUGUGAAUAUGGAGUUGAUGUUUUUGAUGUUCAUACUAUGGAAUGGGUUCAGACCAUUGGCCUGAGGAAGAUCAGACCACUUAACAUGGAAGGAACACUUAAUCUCCUUAACUGGGAACCUCCACGGUUAAUAUACUUCAAGAACAAGUUUUCAGGAGCUGUACUCAGUGUUCCAGAAACUUCUGAUAACAGCAAAAAACAAAUGCUUAGGACCAGAAGUAAAAAGCGAUUUGUCUUUAAGGUUCCUGAGGAAGAGAGAUUACAGCAGAGGCGAGAGAUGCUUAGAGACCCAGAACUGAGAUCAAAGAUGAUAUCAAACCCAACCAAUUUCAACCACGUUGCUCAUAUGGGGCCAGGAGAUGGAAUGCAAGUGCUCAUGGAUCUCCCUCUGAGCGUAUUGCCUUCCUCACAAGAAGAAAAGGCUGGCCCUUCCCCAGCCAACCUCUCCCGGCAACCACAAUCGAGAAGUAAGACCUACGUUUCAUGGCCCUCUUCAGGUGGCAGUGAACUGGGAGUGACCAUACCUCUAAGAAGUAUGUCUGAUCCUGACCAGGAUUUUGACAAAGAGCCGGAUUCUGAUUCCACCAAACACUCUACUCCAUCAAACAGCUCCAAUCCGAGUGGUCCCCCCAGCCCCAAUUCUCCACACAGAAAUCAGCUCACACUAGAUGGGCUAGAUCAAUCAACUUGUGAUGCCUAACACUCCAGCCUCCAGUGCUUCAGCUUCACGUUCCCAGCACUGCGCCAAGUAUUCAGAAACAGACGGAGCAAGCGCGUCACAUGAAAGCCAAGACUGAUACUCAGUCUCUAGUGUUGCACAAGAAAAUAAAUAUCCAGAUUGUAGAUAAGAAAAUGGAAAUGAAAACAAAUUAUUAUUACAAUAAUAAUCACCUUUUUUGCAACGUUGGGCAGUUGCGAUAGUUAAGAUGUAUUCAUUUCUGCACAGCUGUGAUAUAAAUCUGUUACAUAUAAGCAUUAAAGAAAACCAAUAAAUAAUCUCUUCUGCCAAGAAGGAAAUAGAGGGGAAAAUACUGGUAGUGUGGAUGCUAAGCAGUAUUGACAAUAUUAUUUUUCUAUAGAAUGAUGUAAUAAUGUCUCAUUAGCUGGAAAUCCUUUUAGACAAAAUAUGGACCUUUGCAUAGGAAAUACACACAAAGGACCUGUUACAUCCUCAGAUAAAUAUACUUUUCCCUUUUUCCUGUAACUCUUUCCUAAAACUUUAGGAAAAUAAUAGGAAACUGUACAUUGUUCCCAGCAUCACUAGAGUCAUGAAGUCAAAAGAAAGCUAAGGUUAAUUUGUGGCCUUUCGACUCAUUUAGCCAUUAUGUAUUCAGCUGCAGAAGCAUCUUUCUACCAACUUUUUAGUCAUGUAUAUAGAACGGUUACCAGUAACAUCUCCCCCUUCCCCUUUUUACCCUGCUAACUGCUUUUUAUUUCAUCCUCAAUGGCACUGAUCAGGACUCUAAAGACAUCAGAAAUACUGUUGUGACAAAUUUUAUCUUUUAUUUCUCACUUCCUUUUUUUUGGAGGAGUAGUGCUCUCUUACACACAUAUACAUAUGUAUUUGUGAUUGUGUGUGUAUUAACACCCAAGGAACACCCACAGAUGAAACAUCUGUGUUCUUGGUUCCUUACAAGAGUCAAGUGAGAACAGCUUAGAAAUGAGCGAGCAGCUCUUCUCAUUUGUCAUCUUUCACCUGCAUGGAGACCCCAUGAUUACUAAACAAGUAUUGAUCAUGUAGAAAAACACACAGCACCCUCCUGAAGACUUCUAUGGCCCAUGUGUAGUGGUGGUGUUUUGUGUGGCUAUUUAAUCUCACACUUCCUUAUAUUCUCCGUUUAGUGACCAUAUUUGUGACCUCAUCUCAUUAAAAGCUUGUAAUUAAUCCCAUGGCUGGCAUGUCCAGUUUUUCAUUGACCCAUUAGUGUGCCUUUUGCCCCAAUAUGACAGUUGGAUGUCACUUAUUGAAGAUUUGGUUUUAAUGGGCUAAUAAUGCGACACCACUGGUUUUUCCCCCCCCAAAACACUGUUUAUGAUGUGCACUUGUUUUUAGUUGAAACUGAGUGUUCUAGUCCACAUUUAGUCCUGUAACAUUAAGUGUCUGACAGACAGUACUGGCUCUCUCUUCAGAUUCUCCAUCAAGGGGCUCCUUUGGAGCUGGACACUACUGGUUGGGGGGUGGGGGGGAAUCUGGUUUUUACUUUUUUAAUGUAAGUCUGAGUCUUUGUAAUUAUUGAACUGUGAGAACAUUUUUGAACAAUUUACUUGUCAAUAAAGCAGAAGAGGGAGGUUUUAAAGUU